AUGGGACGCAAAGAGAGCGAUGCCUUUGGCGAGAUCGAAGUCCCCAGCGACAAGUACUGGGGAGCGCAGACCCAGCGCUCCCUCGGCAACUUCAACAUCAAUCAGCCUCAGGACCGCAUGCCGCCGCCCAUUGUGAGGGCGUUUGGUAUACUGAAAGGUGCUGCCGCGACGGUGAACAUGAAGUUCGGGCUUGACCCGAAGGUUGGAAAGGCCAUCCAGCAGGCCGCGGCCGAGGUUGCUUCACUCAAGCUCCUCGACCACUUUCCCCUGGUCGUUUGGCAGACCGGCUCCGGCACCCAGUCCAACAUGAACGCCAACGAGGUCAUUUCCAACCGUGCGAUCGAGAUCCUGGGCGGUACCAUGGGAUCCAAGAAGCCGGUGCACCCCAACGACCAUGUCAACAUGUCUGCCUCUUCCAACGACACGUUCCCAACCGUCAUGCAUAUUGCUGCUGUCCUGGAAUUCGAAGAGGCUCUUCUGCCAGCGUUGAAAAACUUGCACUCCGCUCUGAAGAACAAGGCCGACCAGUUUGAGCACAUCAUCAAGAUUGGAAGGACACACUUGCAGGACGCUACACCUCUGACCCUCGCCCAAGAGUUCGGGGGCUAUGUCAAGCAACUGGAGUACGGUAUUGUGCGCGUGGAGUCUGCUCUGCCUCAUUUGCGACUGCUGGCACAAGGUGGAACUGCCGUCGGCACCGGGCUCAACACUUUCGUGGGCUUUGCUGAAGACAUUGCUUCAGAGGUCAGCAAGAUGACCGGCAAGCAGUUCACCACUGCACCAAACAAGUUCGAGGCUUUGGCUGCUCACGACGCUAUUGUGGAAGCCCAUGGCCAGCUGAACACUUUGGCUACUUCGCUCUACAAGAUCGCACAGGAUAUCAGAUUCCUCGGCUCUGGUCCUCGAUGCGGUCUUGGUGAGCUUAGUCUGCCGGAGAACGAGCCUGGCUCGUCCAUCAUGCCUGGAAAGGUCAAUCCGACUCAGUGCGAGAGCAUGACCAUGAUUUGUUGCCAGGUCUUUGGAAACCAGGCAGCCGUCACGUUUGCUGGUUCUCAGGGCAACUUUGAGCUGAACGUCUUCAAGCCAGUCAUGAUUCGAAACCUCCUCCACUCUGCCCGCCUCCUCACCGAUGGAAUGAACAGUUUCCGUGAGCACCUUGUCUUAGGAUUGGAGCCCAACGAGGCCAAGAUUGCAUCUAUCUUGAAGGAGAGCUUGAUGUUGGUCACCUGCUUGAACCCGGUGAUUGGAUACGAUAUGGCAUCCAAGGUUGCGAAGAACGCACACAAGAAGGGCUGUACGCUCAAGGAGAGCGCGAUGGAGCUGGAGGCCCUGAGCUCAGACAAGUUUGACGAGAUUGUUCGACCUGAACUCAUGAUCUCGCCCAAGGAGUACAAGAAAUAA